AUGGCGUCUGUCGGUCCCGUCCAGGUGGAGAAUGUUCCUGGCGGUCUCGUGCCGUCGCUGCCGUUAGUCCGUACGCUGGCGUCUUCUCCCAUCUCCCACCUUUUGUUCUUUCACAAGGCGAUUAAGGCUGAGUUGGACAAGCUGCACACCACAGCGUUGGCCUUAGAACGCGGCGGAAAGAAGGACACGCAGCUGCUGCUGGAACGCUAUGAAUUCCUUAGAAUGGUUUAUAAGUACCAUAGCACGGCGGAAGACGAGGUGGUAUUCCCGGCGCUCGAUUCCCGGGUUAAGAACGUCGCUCACGCGUACACGCUCGAGCAUAAAGUGGAGAGCGACCUUUUCGACCAGCUCUCCGACCUCGUAUCCAACUUAAGACGCGACGAGACCACGGAACGCAGUCUAUUCAGCCAGCUUAUCUGCUGCACAGAGGCCUUGCUUACAGUGCUCGUGCAGCAUUUGUCGAAAGAAGAAGAGCAGGUGUUUCCGCUGCUAGUAGAGCAUUUUAACGCGGUGGAGCAGGCGAAUCUAGUCUGGCAGUUUCUGUGCAGCAUGCCGAUAAAGCUCAUGGAGGAUUGCCUUCCUUGGAUGGCUUCCUAUCUUACGGAAAAGGAGCAGGAGCAAAUGGUGGAGCACAUGCAUAAGAUUGUCCCACAAGAGGAACUCUUGCAAGAGGUGGUUUCUGGCUGGAUGAGCCGAAUGCAUGGCGUGUUUCCGAAGAUUCACGAGAGAUGGACAGGAUUGGUGAAGCCCAAGCUUUCAGGGACUAGAAUACCUCAUUCAAAAACCACACCUCAGAAGUCUUCCUCUGUCAAAAACAGGCAUCCCAUUGACGAGUUGCUGUACUGGCACAACGCAAUCAGAAAGGAACUGGAAGCUUUUCACAGAGAAGUGAAAGGCCUGGAGCUUGACACCUUCGACAGUCUCAUUAGAAGAUACCGGUUUCUCUCAGAUAUUUGCGUUUUUCACAGCACAGCAGAGGACCAGGUGGUGUUCCCUGCUCUUUCACAGCAUGUAGACCUUCCGACACGCUAUGUACAGGCCCAUGCAAACGAAGAGAAGCUCUUUGCUGCAGUAGGGCAUCUCCUGGACGAGGUUCGGCAUGUGAUGGAGCACAGUCCCAGCGCUGCAGAGCCGCUGCUUUCAGAGCUGAAGAAACAAGCACUGACCAUUGUGGAGUCACUGGACCAGCACUUGCAAGCAGAAGAGGAUGAUGUUUUCCCUUUGCUGCGGCAACACUGCAGUAUGGAUGAGCAGCGGCAGCUUGUCUACCGGUGCCUACUGGUCAUGCCCCUGCGGUUGCUAGAGCGUGUGCUCCCGUGGGUCAUGACAUUCGUCACAAAGGAGGAGGCCACAGAAAUCGUCGAGAACAUGAAGCUUGCGGCUCCUGAGAUGGAUGUUCCUCUGGUCUCCCUGUUCACAUCCUGGGCCAGUAAGCACCCACCCCAAUCUGACGACACCACCACACCAUCCCAAGCCCUAGAUUCCAGCGUUUUCGACAUUCCAAGACCAUUCACAACAGCAAAAUCAGGAGACCACUCAAUACACUCGAAUGCAUCCGCGGAUGCAGCCCCACUGGAAGUGGGAUCCCAGCGCACAGCCGCCAGCCCCAAGGACAACGUCUCCACCCCUCCCUCCAAGCGAGCACGACUCCUCAGCGGCUCUUUCCAGAGCCUGCCAGCAAUCCUAAUCAAACCCGAGCCUCCACCUCCUAUGCAGCUGUCUGCUCCCGAGCCUGGGUCUCUCGGUUCCAAAGCGCUCAGCUUCUCCAGCGCAGCAGGCCGCGCUCUCACUCGCUCAUCCGCUUCAAGAGGGGGGUUCCUUACAGGGGGGGUGCUGGGUCCUGGUAUUUUCUCUAACGACAGGGGUAGCUCGUCAAGCCAGCGGCCUAUUGACGCGAUUUUCCACUUCCAUCAGGCGCUUAGGAAGGACCUGGAGUAUCUUUCUGCUGAGUCAGCGCGGCUUGCCACGUGUGACGAUGACGCCGCCCGGGAUUUCAGUGGCCGGUUUCAUUUCCUGUGGGGGCUGUACCGCGCGCACAGCAACGCUGAGGACGAGAUUGUGUUUCCGGCGCUGGAGGCGAAGGAGGCGCUGCACAACGUGAGCCACUCGUACACAAUUGAUCACAAGCAGGAGGAGGAGCUUUUCGACGCGAUCGCAGGCGUAUUAAACCAGCUCUCAGGGGUCAUUUCGGCGAUAAAUAAAGCCAAGGGUGUGGCUGCGAAAGCCGAGGAGAGCGGAGGGGAGGAGGAGCGGGAGGAGGCGAGGAAGCAGGUGAAGGAGCUGGAGGAGAGGAGGAGGGAGCUGGCGGAGCGGGUGCAUCGGAUGAGUCUGUCGGUGCGGCUGUGCCUGGACCAGCACAUCUCCCGCGAGGAGCUGGAGCUGUGGCCACUGUUUGGAAUUCAUUUCAGCAUGGAGGAGCAGGACGCGAUUGUGGGGCGCAUCAUUGGCACCACGGGCGCGGAGGUGCUGCAGGCCAUGCUGACGUGGAUCACAGCAGCCAUCUCAGACGAGGAACAGGCAGGAAUGGUGGACACGUGGCGCAAGGCAUCCCGCAACACCAUGUUCGACCAAUGGCUGAGCGCCUGGUGGAAGUCCCCUGCUGGAACGUCCAACCCCCUGCCACCCUCCCCCGGGCACCAAGGCCACGCUAGGGACGAUCUGGCUGAUAGCCUCUCCUCUGACGCGCUACAGAUGGUGGCUGAGUAUUUAGAGAGUGAUGGGUCACGGCAGCAAGCAGCAGGGGCAGAGGCAGCAGAGCAGGGGGGUGCAGUAGCAGCCACGCGUGUUGACGCCUCCUGUGCGGAUGGUGCCGCGGAUACUGGUGCUGUUUGUGGUGCUGGUGGUGCUGCUGCUGGUUGUGAUGGUGGUGGGUGUGGACAUGGGCAUGCGGAAGGGACGGCAUCUGACAGGGAGGGUACGGGUGGAGAGGGGUGUUCUGUGGCAGGAGAAUGUGGUGAUGUGCGCAGCGGAAAUGAGGCAGUGGGAGCGGAAGGUGGUAGUGGAAGUGGAGGAGGGGGAGUUGGAGAGAGUGGGGGAGGUGGUGGGAGUGGGGGUAGUGGGAGUGCUUCACAGGGAAAGGAGGUGGAGAAGGACAAGAGGACGUUUCGACCAGGGUGGCACAACAUAUUCCGCAUGAACCAGAAGGAGCUGGAGGCCGCCAUCCGCCGCGUCUCCAGCGACUCCUCGCUGGACCCCAGGAGGAAGGCGUACCUCAUGCAGAACCUCAUGACCAGCCGGUGGAUCGUGGCACAGCAGCAGCAGCACAAAUCCUCUCGCGACGCACCCGAGGAGGAGGUGCUGUGUGCGUCGUACCACGACGAGGAGAGGGGCAUCUACGGCUGCCAGCACUACCGCCGCAACUGCAAAGUGCGCGCCGUCUGCUGCGGCAAGCUCGUCUCCUGCCGCUUCUGCCACGACAAGGUUGCCGACCAUGCCAUGGACAGGCAUGCGGUGCGGGAGAUGAUGUGCAUGAAGUGUCUCAAGGUGCAGCCAGUGGGGCAGCACUGUGCCACGCCCUCCUGCAACGGCUACUCCAUGGCCAAACACUACUGCAGCAUCUGCAAGCUCUUUGACGACGCCAGGGACAUCUACCACUGCCCGUUCUGCAACCUGUGCCGGGUGGGGCGGGGCCUGGGAAUCGACUACUUCCACUGCAUGACGUGCAACGCGUGCAUGUCCGUGACACUGGCGCAGCACACGUGCCGGGAGAAGGGCCUCGAGUCCAACUGCCCCAUCUGCCACGACUUCCUCUUCACCUCCUCCGCGCCCGUCAAGGCGCUCCCCUGCGGCCACUUCAUGCACUCGGCAUGCUUCCAGGCAUAUACUUGCGAGCACUACACCUGCCCCAUCUGCUGCAAAUCCGUCGGAGACAUGCGAGUGUACUUUGGAAUGUUGGAUGCUCUACUAGCAGCAGAGCAGCUUCCAGAGGAGUACCGCAACCGGCAACAGGCCAUUCUCUGCAACGACUGCGAGGCCAAGGAAAACGCACCUUUCCAUUGGCUCUACCACAAAUGCUCUGCCUGCGGCUCGUACAACACCCGUACCAUCUAG